AUGGAUCGCCCUGACUAUACAGACAAUACUGCCACGGAGCAGAAGGUCGAACGCCAAGAGGUCCCACGACCGCCGCCACGCCGCAAGCGCAUCAUCGUCGCCAUGACGGGCGCGACGGGCUCCAUCCUCGGCGUCAAGACACUCCUCGCCCUCCGCCGCCUCAACGUCGAGACGCACCUCGUGAUGAGCAAGUGGGCCGAGGCGACGCUCAAGCACGAGACGGACUACACGGGCGCGGCGGUGCGCGCGCUGGCCGACCACGCGCACUCCCACCACGACAUGGCGGCGCCCAUCGCGAGCGGGUCGUUCCGCGUCGACGGCAUGGUCGUGGUGCCGUGCAGCAUGAAGACGCUGGCGGCCGUCGCGGCGGGCCACUGCGACGACCUGGUGGCGCGCGCGGCCGACGUGGUGCUCAAGGAGCGGAGGAGGCUGGUGCUCGUCGCGAGGGAGUGUCCGCUCAGCGGCGUGCACAUCGACAACAUGGCGAGGGUGACGAGGAGUGGCGCGGUCGUCUUUCCGCCCGUGAUGGCGUUUUAUCAUCGCCCUGGGACGGUGGAGGAUUUGGUGGAUCACGCGGUUGGGAGGAUGCUCGAUCUGUUUGACCUCGAGACGGGGGACUUUGAACGCUGGAACGGGUUUCAGAGGGACUGA